GGAUGUGACUGAAGAGCGUGUUCCCCUUUCCCGUGGAGUGAAGUCUCCUGCUCUGCCCCUCACUCGCGGUUUACGGUUCUCAGGGCUAUGCCUUGGACCACGCGAGUCCAACAUCGUCCUUUAUCACGGCAUAUAGCCGGCUCCCAGUCGUUGUCGACGAAUCGACGAAGGACGAGCGAAUGGGAUGAGAGAGAUUUAUGUUCAUUCGCUCAUCAGACCGUGUGCCAACCAAGCUUGAGACCAGAGGCUGAACCUCUGCGUUUCAGUGUCACCGUGGAUAAAUGGGAAUACCUGACAGGCUUCCACAAGCGGAAGGUAGAGCGCAAGAAGGCAGCCAUUGAAGAGAUAAAGCAGCGGCUUAAGCAAGAGCAGAAGAAGCUUCGGGAAGAGCGCCACCAGGAGUACCUGAAGAUGCUGGCAGAAAGAGAGGAGGCACUAGAGGAGGCCGAUGAGCUGGAGCGGCUGGUGACAGCAAAGACAGAGUCGGUGCAGUACGACCAUCCCAAUCACACAGUCACUGUGACCACCGUCAGUGACCUGGACCUCUCAGGGGCCCGGCUGCUAGGUCUACCCCUGCCUGAGCAAGGGGACCAGGAUGGGUCCCAGGAGGAGGAGGUGUCAUCCAUGGAAAAGCCAACAAAAGCCUUGCCCAAGAAGUCCAAGGAUCCCCUGCUCUCUCAGCGCAUCUCCUCCCUCACAGCUACACUGCAUGCACACAGUCGGAAGAAGGUCAAGAGGAAACACCCUCGGCGGGCGCAGGACUCCACCAAGAAACCUCCAAGUGCCACUCGUACCAGCAAGACCCAGCGCCGCCGUCGGAUGACUGGAAAAGCCAGGCACAACGGGGAGUGAGCCCUCAAGCUUGUGGGUCCCCAGCCUGAGUCCUUGGCUGCCCCUAUAACCCAGCUACACCAAGGGUCACCUGCAGCCUGAGCCUGAAAAUCAGGACUUUGCCAGCCUGGGGUCAUCCUUGCUUUGAACCACCUGGGGUUUGAGCCCAGAAGAAACGGGCUUCUGAGAACCCCGGGUUCCCGGGGCCUGUAGGACAGUGUUGUGGCUUGUUUGCAAGUGUACGUUCACCUGGGACUGAACAGACUUUUGAAACUC